AGGUCAGUAACAGAUCCAAGAGAUGGAAAGAGAGUAGCGCUCAAAAAGAUGCCCAACGUCUUCCAGAAUCUGGUCUCUUGCAAAAGAGUCUUCCGGGAAUUGAAGAUGUUGUGUUUUUUUAAACAUGAUAAUGUGCUCUCUGCCCUUGACAUACUCCAACCUCCACACAUUGACUAUUUUGAAGAAAUAUAUGUUGUCACAGAAUUGAUGCAGAGUGACCUACAUAAAAUUAUCGUCUCUCCUCAGCCACUCAGCUCAGAUCAUGUCAAAGUUUUUCUUUAUCAGAUUUUGCGAGGUUUGAAAUAUCUCCAUUCAGCUGGCAUUUUACAUCGAGACAUUAAGCCAGGGAAUCUCCUUGUGAACAGCAACUGUGUUCUAAAGAUUUGUGAUUUUGGAUUGGCCAGAGUGGAAGAAUUGGAUGAAUCCCGUCAUAUGACUCAGGAAGUUGUUACUCAGUAUUACCGGGCUCCGGAGAUCCUGAUGGGCAGCCGUCACUACAGCAAUGCUAUUGACAUCUGGUCUGUCGGGUGCAUCUUUGCAGAACUACUGGGCCGAAGAAUAUUGUUUCAGGCACAGAGUCCCAUUCAGCAGUUGGAUUUGAUCACAGAUCUGUUGGGCACGCCAUCACUGGAAGCAAUGAGGACAGCUUGUGAAGGUGCUAAGGCACACAUACUCAGGGGUCCUCAUAAACAGCCAUCUCUUCCUGUACUCUACACCCUAUCCAGCCAGGCCACACAUGAAGCCGUUCACCUGCUUUGCAGGAUGUUGGUCUUUGAUCCAUCAAAAAGAAUAUCUGCUAAGGAUGCCUUAGCCCACCCCUACCUAGAUGAAGGGCGGCUGAGAUACCACACAUGUAUGUGUAAGUGCUGCUUUUCCACCUCUACGGGAAGAGUCUACACCAGUGACUUUGAGCCUGUCACCAACCCCAAAUUUGAUGACACCUUUGAGAAGAACCUCAGCUCUGUCCGACAAGUUAAAGAAAUUAUCCACCAGUUCAUUUUGGAACAGCAGAAAGGAAACAGAGUACCUCUCUGCAUCAACCCGCAGUCUGCUGCCUUUAAGAGCUUUAUUAGUUCCACUGUCGCUCAGCCCUCUGAGAUGCCGCCGUCUCCUCUGGUGUGGGAGUGACUGUGGAAGACACUGUACUACUGAAGAUGUAAUGUAGCUUUCACUGGAGUCUGGGGUUUGCAAUUCUGAAGGGUUAAUCAUGCUUGUACUGUAAUUUUACUAAUGAAGUUUUAAAUUAACAACCACUACUUGUAUGAUAUGAAUAAUAUUUAGAAAUGUUACUAGACUUUUAAUCUUGUAAAGUGGUUGUGCUUUUAGAAGAAAAAAAAAUAUUUUACCCAGAGUUGCACAUGGUUAAAGAAUUCAGUGCAGCUGUUGUAGCUCACCUCAGAACAAAAGAAAAUUGAACCAAAUUUGGGCAUUUGGGGUUUAUGGUUUUAUUUUAUUAUUAUUUUUUAAUGAAGUAAGAUUGUUCAUAUGUAUACACUCACACACAGAGGACAGUCAUACAUUUUGAUAUUUGAGCCAUUCCUAAAGAUUAAGGGUUUUCUAAAAACUAAAGAAUCUAGAAAUCUUGCCAGUGACCAAUCAUGGAACCAUGUGAGCAGAUUGUGGCUGAGCCUGGGGGAUGGGGCGGGAGGGGCUUGCCACCUAGUGAUCAAGCCCUGUAACCAGCCCUUCCUUAGAGCCCUGGAGGUGGUGUGUGCUGUCUAAACCUACAAUGCUGUGCGUAGAGAGAAUGAGUUUGUGGCUAGGAGAGACUAACCCUCUGUUUCCCUUACCCAGUAUAAAUAUAUAUAUAUAUAUAUAUUUAAUCUAUUUUUAUUAGAAGUUUUUCUGCUCUUUCUUACAUAAAAAAAAAAAAAAAAAGACCCAAGCAUGCAUCUUUCAUGUGUGUAAAUAAUUCACUUCUGGGCUAAUUUCAAAAGAAUCCCAACACUGCUGUACAGAGAACUAGCUUGCACAUUUUAGGUCUGUGAAAAUCUGUGAGACUUUUCCUGCACUGGACAGUGAAAAAUAAUAAAUAAAAGACAAAAAGAAAUUUAAAAAAAAUUACAGCCACAAAGGCACAUAGGGAAUCAUGUCAAAUGUGUUUGUGUCCUUAGGCAAAGCUGUGGGAGUCUUGAAAUGUCACAGUAGUAAAUAACUUAUUACUUUUUGACAAAUUCUUUUUCCUGCUGGAACACUGAACUCUGUGCAUAUGUAAAUACGAGCACCAAUCGAAGGCCUCUACCUCCUGGAGUUACACAACCUGGCUUGUUUACCUCCACUCGCUGAUGAUGACUUAUUUUUUUUUUUUUUUAAGUUCAAUGUGGAGACUUGAAACUUGAAUGUCCCUUCCAACUUUUAUAUUAAAAAUAAAAAGACAAGAACAUUGAAGAGUGUUUUUCACCUGUACGAGGAGUACUAAUGGAUCGUCUUAAAACUGGUCUAGGAAAAAGCUUGGUGUGUGUUACGGACAAUUAACUGUUAAAGUUAUUGUAAGUUAUCUGUAUUUAGCAGAGUAUUUUCAUCUUGAGUGAUCUGAGCUGAAUUUGAAGACUAUUAAGUUAUAUUUGGAAGUUUUAACUUCAAUGAAGUAAUUAUUUGCUGUGAAAGAAACAAACAUUGAAUUACUAAACAAAGAUGGUGCAAUAUCUUUGUUGUUGUUGUUGUUGUUGUUGUUUUUAUGAGGCUCCUGAGAAUCUACCCAACAGAAGCAUUUCAAUUCACUUGAAUGAGAAACGUGUUUAGUAUCAAAAGAGCCUGAGAAGACACUGGUAUGAUGAAAGGUACAAUCUCAGAGGUUGGUCAGUUACCGUGGCACACUUUCUGGUCACUUUGUACAAUGUAGAUUUGAAGUACAGUGGUGAGAACAUUAAACGUGACAUUUGAAAACAA